AUGGGUUGUGGCAAUUCCUCAGCCACCAGCACCUCAGGAGGAGGGCCAGCAGAAGCCUCCAAAGAUGUGACAGAAGAUCCCUUGGCAGAAGAUGAGAAAAGAAGGAACUAUGGUGGCGUAUAUGUAGGUCUGCCAGCGGACCUGACCAUUGUCGCUGAGAGUCAGUCCAAGUCCACACAUAAAGACUAG